AUGGGCUACAACACGUACGUAUCGUUUGGACUCCCGACAUUCCUUGUUGUCAUCGUUGCUUUGUAUCUUUUAUUCACUGAUUCUGGAGAAGCAUUCAAUGUUGGUCGGUUCCUCGAGGAAACCAGCCCGUUCGUUUGGGGUUCACUCGGAAUUGGACUCUGCAUUGGCUUGAGUGUUCUCGGAGCAGGAUGGGGCAUCUUUUUGACUGGAGCAUCAAUACUGGGCGGAGGAGUAAGGACUCCAAGAAUCAGUACCAAGAAUCUGAUCAGCAUUAUCUUCUGCGAGGUGGUUGCAAUUUAUGGAGUGAUCAUGGGUAUCGUAUACUCAGCCAAACUUCAAGUCGUGCCUGAAGCGCAGCUCUACACAAGAGACAACUACUUCACCGGCUAUGCGCUAUUCUUUGGAGGGCUCACCGUUGGAUUCUGCAAUCUUCUCUGUGGCAUUUGCGUCGGCGUCGCUGGCAGCACUGCUGCGCUCGCUGACGCAUCUGAUCCUACACUUUUCGUGAAGGUCCUCGUGGUAGAAGUGUUUGGAAGCGUGCUGGGACUCUUCGGACUGAUAAUUGGCCUUCUGAUGAUUGGGAACGCGAAGGAGUUCUUGCCAGGGCCAUCUGCAGUGUCUGCCAUACGCAUAUGAUUAAUGGCUUGUCAUAUCCCUGCAAAACGUAUGCUCAAUGGUAUCUAUAUUCAUACGCCAAGGUAUGGCUGAUGAAAGCAUCGUCGUUGAGCAGUUGUGUUCAUACACAUGGCUAACACGGGGAAAUAUAUUUCGAGCGAAUGCAUACUGUAUUCCUCUAUGCCUACUUCUCGGUUUUCUGCGUCAUGCCCUCCGUCGUUAAUGCGAUUGUCUGAUGACUCCGAGAAACUGCAAUAUCUAGAGCAGUCCCCAGCUCCAGGAUGCUCAAUUCGAGUGGUGUCAUCUACACCUUUUACAACUAAGCUCCCGACGACGCUGAUGCAAGGCGGAAUUGAACAUUCGCUAAAAGUAGCAACGACAGUCCCGUAUAACUAACUUGAAUUCUUUGUAGGUCGAGUCCGAGUACCAACGUCCCCAUGUCUGUUGUGGGUGUGGAAUGAAGUUAAGGCGUGC